AUGGCAGCGCCGUCAGUCCCGAAGUCAGGUACCACUCAACCUACCACACCGAAGGACAGCCUUCAAAAUGGAACGAAAGUCGUCAGAAAUCACCCUCAGAUUCACGCACGACGAGCCCCUCCACCAAUAGAUCCCAAACCACCCUUACGAGUUCCCAAUGAAUCCACGUUAACCACAAUACCGCCCGUGAACUUCGCCCACACGCAACCCCCUCCUAUACCCGUCGUCGAUCAUCCGACACCAACAGCACCCCUUAGACACAUAGAACCCCAAAAUACAGAAAAUGAACCCACUACCCAGUCGAAGCCGCAGGUACAGGUGACCAUUGGAGAAACCACUUACCUCGUCUCGAAUCCAUACGCCCGAUACCAGGACAUAUGCCGAAAGGCCCUUCGUCAACGAUGCGAAUUCGGUCCCAAAUGUCACCGACUCCAUCUUCGCGCGGGAUUAUUCCCUCGAGAACACCUCGACAUCAUUCACAAUCAUCCCGACCUGAUUAAAAUCACCAAGGCCGACCCACCCCCGCCCACGCCGAGUUCAACUGUGAACUCCUCCCCGCACGUUUCCAAUGAACCGACGCAGCCUGUCGUGAAGCUCCCGCCGCCCCAUUUACCUACAAAGCCAACACAUCAUCCUAUUUCUACUCCCCUUCCUGUAUUGCAGAUGCCUGGAGCGGCCACUGUACCUGCUGUCAAGAAGGCCGCAUCUACCAUUGAUCCGCUUCUAUCAUCUCAACCAACUCCUUGUCCACCCAGAGACCUUCAUCCUCAUCUACGGCAGGCCUCCACUACGGCGCUUCCAAGUAAAGUUCUGGCGGCCAGCGACUCUCAAUCUACGAAAGUUUUGAGGGAUCCCCCACAGCCUCGACGCAAAGAGUCCAUACUGACUGUAGAGGCAUUUUACUCGCAGAUCUACGUGGACGACGAUUCGGGAUUUUGGGGUUGGAAACGUGACGAUAGGGACGCUUGGGAUGAUACGGGUCAAUCUUCAAGCGACGUAUCCAUGGAUACUACCACCUCGGAUAUGAACUCGUCGAGAUCGAGUUUCGAAGAGUUGCCGGAAGCGCACGAGAACUCAAAGAGUGACAGCUUGCCAAAUCGGGAGCGUAGUGGUAUCCCACCUUGUGCAGCGUGGCUACUUGGCCGCUGCGAAUAUGGGUCGUCUUGUUUAUUCGCCCAUACUUCGCCGCCUGGGCUGCCAGGUCGGCCUACUCCCCCUGCACCUCCCCUGCCUCCAGGACUACCAUCUCGUCCCAACCCCCCGGUCGUAAAAACUUUACCGCAAGCGAAAUCACCCCCUCGCUUAACCUCGAUCGAGCUUACACCACGUCCCAGACUAGGCGACGAGGGUUCGAGAGAUCGAGAAUUGUGUAGAGACUGGGUGCGGGGACGAUGCUUCCUCAGAGAUCGAUGCAGGUUCGCUCACAUCACCCCGCCUGGUGGUGCUCUGGCCUAUUCGUCUCAUCAUAUCCGACCGGGUCAGGCCGAGAGCAGUUCAUCUCGGUUAUCGAGUAGCAAAACGGCUCCUCCCUCGACUGUGGCCGCGGCGGGUCCUGCAUCUGUUGUUUCCAGCCAUAGGUCGGCUCCCUUGUCCACCGCAUCAGCUGGUAGUGGUAGCGUUACUCGCUACGCGAUAUCUGAAAAUAAAACCGUGGCCCACACAGUGACGUCUACGUCGGCCACCAAUUCGACGGUGUGGAAGGUUCGCGUCCUUGAGCAUAAUAGACUACAAUUGGGACCCGGUUUCGUUGUCGAGAGCCUUAUGACUGGAUUCGAAACGCCUUUCGUGCUGUUGGAAGGCAUCCCAUCUAAUGUCUCCACCGCUCUUUUGACCAAGACGCUGUCGGAUCAUGGUCGGGUUAUGGACAUACGCCCCGCUGGGGUACAAGGCAGAAAUCACCGAGUGAAGUUCGGUUCUCCGAAGGAAGCCCAGGACGUGAUCAGCGAAUUAAACGGCUCAAUACUUUUCGAACGUAAAAUUUCCGCUCGCCUCUUUUAUCUUUCCAACCGGGAGGCCAUCAAUGGCGUAUUCACAGAUACGGUUGUGUUCGUCAAGUGGGAGGUACCUGGCAAAAUUGCGUAUGGUGGAUAUGACUCGAAGAUGCGCGCGACUAGAGCAAUUUCCGCCGCGAUAGAAGCCGGGUAUCAUGCCGUGCAUCAUGUGGGCCUACCAGCCGUGGGGCUGAACACCGUGCGCUUUUACGGGAUCCCCGCUGAAGCUGAGAAGGAGUGGUUGUCCCGCUUUGGCAAUCCCGACGACGUCAUGUGGGAGGAAGAGAAGUACACGGACAUGCAGCGCGCUCUCGCCGCUAUCUAUAACCGACUCACAAUGGAUGACGAUGUGAUCGAAUUUGACGUCUUCCCAGGCCAGAGGGAGGGGUUCAAGAGAGGGCUUGCUUACUUCGUGUCUCCAGAGCAAGCCAAGGCUGCUUGCACACGAUUGAACGGGUGGAGGCCCUCUUCAAUUGGGCGGGCUAAAAUCUUCGCACAGCAUAGGCAAGAGGUGUCUUAUAGCGUCCCAUCCGUCGCUUUUUCCAAAAUAUCCGACGACAUCUCGGCCCUCCAACAAUCGAUACUUUCACGAGACGAUCAACGAAUCAAACUUUCCAUCAUACACAAAGGGCCGCCUGGCCUAAGCGACUUCCCCGUCAAAGUCCGGCUAUCUGGGGACGACCUCAAGGAACUGGUGCAGUACAAAACAGAAUUUGAGCAGAUUCUUCGGGGAGAAAUCGUACGGGAGAACGGGCGACUUGUCUGGGAUCGGUUCUUCAAGUCGCGUAAUGGGACCGCGAUGGUGAAAGACCUCGAGCAUCAUUAUCCUGGCGUAUCCGUCGAAGUUGACAUUGUGCGACAAAACAUCGUGCUCUACGGGUCGGCUGAAAAGCGAGCGGCUGUUCGCCAGUGUAUCUUGGAUCAGGUGCACACACUUGGGCGAACGAAAAUCUUCCACCUUGAUAUUCCCUUGGACAAUAUGCCUAGUUUGUUCAAAAGUCCGGACAUGGACAAGCUUCAGGACGAACUGGGUCGCGAUAAUAUCUGGUUUGAGCUCAAAAAUCCCAGAGUGAUGAUCCGGGGCGACACGAAAGCACUCGCGCUGGCGAAGGAGGCUGUCGUUCGUACGCAGGAGAGGAGGAUGAAGUCGCAAUCAAACCGGCCGUACGAUAUCGCUGCCUGUCCCGCCUGCCUGGACGCCGUGACCCUUCCGGUUACUCUCAACUGUGGGCAUUCCUGGUGUAGUGAAUGCCUGGCUAACUAUCUCAAGGCGGCUGUUGACGGGGGGUCCUUCCCGUUAAGCUGCUUCGGAAACCAAGGGAAGUGCUCGGAGCCUAUUCCAUUGGGCAUUGCUCGGGACUGUCUACAAACCCACGACUUCGACGCGCUCGUCCGGGCGUCUUACUUCUCGUACGUCCAUUCCAGGCCGAAGGAGUUCUACUACUGUCCCACCCCCGAUUGCCAAGAGGUCUAUCGGACCGCCCCCAAGGGAACUGUCCUCCAGUGUCCGUCCUGCCUGCAGCGCAUCUGCCCGUUCUGUCACGUCGAGUAUCACGAAGGUGCACCGUGUCCCGAGCGAGACGAAGACGAUAAGUUGUUAAAGCAGUGGAUGAAGGAUCACGACGUCAAGAACUGCCCCGGGUGCCGCGUACCAAUCGAACGGGGAGAAGGGUGCAACCAUAUUACGUGCACGCGAUGUCAGACGCACAUAUGCUGGGUCUGUCUUGAUACAUUCCCCAGAGGUGACGGGAUCUACGAGCAUAUGCGUACGAUGCACGGCGGUAUCGGUUUGCGUGCUGAUGGGCUCUGA